GCAUUUUGGGAAGGUUCCGGCCGGAACACACAAAGAAUCAGGCAGGAUUCAGGCAGGAAACCGCUGGACUCUGAAAGAUGGGUUCGGGGCAAUCCAAGUCGUCACCACCAGACAGUAACAUUACGAAAUUAAUGAGGGGUAAAUAUGGUGAUGAGUGCGUGUCAUGUCUUCACGACUGGACAAAACUUUAUGGGUUUCAAGAAGGUGGAUCACUCAGUGUGAAGGACAUACACGCUUUAAAAGAAAAAUUAGAAGAAAAGGAGAAACAGCUCCUUAAAAGCAAAACAAUUAAAGUUAAAACUUUAGAGGAAAUUGAGUUAAACAACAGGUGUCUUGAGAUUUGGGUUAAAGAAUCCGAACGCAGGGAAAGAUUAAAAUGCCAAAAAGAACUAGGAGGGAGAAAGGAUGAGAGUGGUGACGUAGCUGGCAGAAAAGAUAACAACUCUGUGGAAGCUUGCACACCGCCACCGUACACACAUACAUACACACAACAUGAUGAGAAACAGAGCGCUCCCACUGUUUCUGCUUUGCAUCCUUUUGCAGAGCUGAGCGCGAUCAAGGUGAAUCCCGACCUGGACUCCUUCUAAGUCAGCAGGAGGGCCGGGCAGGGUGGACAGCAGGACCAACAGCCUGACCAACAACAACAGCCUGAUCCACAGCAACAGCCUGCCCCAUAUCAGCCUGCCCCAUAUCAACAGCCUGCCCCACACCAACAGCCUGGCCAACCUCUGUUAUCAGGAGCUGCAACAUGCAGAGCAGUCAGAGCAUGUGGAGGACAGUGUAAAUGCCACACCAACUCCUGGAAUGGAUGUAGAGACGUUCUGGGCCAAUUCACCUGUCGGCUUCAUUCCUACAUCAUCCACUGCCACAAGCUCUGCCCAUGUGUAGCAUGUGAACUACGAUGUUUUAUAUUUCACCAAUUAUCCAUCCAUUGUUUUUUGUUUUAUGUUAUAUUUUUGUAUUAUGUGUAUGGUUUAUGUGAUUUUUAUUUUGAGGGAAUUUUUGUUUAUUUAUUAUUUUUUGAAUUUUAUUUUCUUUGUGACCUCUGCCCUUUUGGCUAUGUAAUUUCCGGCCAAGUCGCGCUUCUUUCCUCAGUCGGCUUCGAGCCUCGUUGAGGCUGUGUAUGUGAGAGACUGAUUGAUGGAGUCGCUGUACUGUUUAUUUUAUUUUACACAGAUUUGCAAAUAAACCAGUCGGCAAGGCAGCAGUCGUCCUGUUCUCAACAUAAGAAAACACAACGCAGAAGAUCUUUUCGGCCAAGACUAAGAGUGAGGAUAGGCCGGCUACACAUGCACCAACUGCCACUACGAGUGCUGCCUCUGCAACUACCAGCGUUCGUACCCUGAGGAGCAACACACCAGUAGCUCCAGAAAUCAGCUUGCCCAUGGUGGAAGUGGCCGGCCCUGAAGGAAGCAUGUUAGUGCACAGACCAUGGACUAGCGCUGACAUAGCUGACUUUGCUCAAAAUCUCCCAGACAUCACUGUAUCAGGAAAGACAUUCGGUGCCAACCUUCUGGCUUUCUGCCAGGAGUACAGACCCAAUGGAGCUGAGAUCCGUCGCAUCCUGGCCAAACGUCUUUCAGCCUGUGAAUAUCAAAAACUGACUGGACAAUUGCCUGAUGUGACACUUGCUCUCAAACACAAAGACUGGACAAACAACUUAAAUGAUGGAUUCGUUGACGCAGUGAGGACGCUUGUCACCCACCUCGAAACUGCGUUCCCCGACAAAGUCUGUAUGAUUAAAGUCACGACAUGCAAACAACAACCAGAGGAAUCAGUUGAUGACUUUGUUCACCGCCUCACCACCGCAUACAACACACACGGAGGAGUUCACCCUCCCCCGGAAGGAGUGGGAAGACUCAUCUGUUCAACAUACGAGAGUCACCUGUGUGAACUGGUGAUGAAAGGCUUACUCCCUGAAGUUUUUGACGCCGUGAAGCAGUCAUACAUCGGAUGGAAAGAAGAAGCGUGUCUGUCUGACCUCACAAGACACGCACGCCAUGCUUAUGACACUCUCCAGCAGAAGAAGCUGGCGAAGAAGGAAAAACAACAGAGCGAAUUGUAUCUGCUAUCCUUGGAGAUGUUCUCUGCAAUGCAUAACAACAACAGAGGAGCGAGCAGGUUUCGCGGGCGAGGACGAGGAAGAAGAGACCUCAGACGGAAUUGGCACAACAGAGACACAGGGGGCGCAUCUGGAGAUCCAGGAAACGCUUGCCACAUCUGCAGCGAGAUGGGACACUGGAGGAAGUACUGCCCCCGGCUACGUCAGGUUCCACCCUCCCGGGCACUCUCGUCAGACUGACUAGAGGAGGAGCCCAGCGAAGGUUUCCGUUCACACGAUGACGUAGACGGUAUCGCACAGACACACACACACUCGCUCACACUUGAUACAUGCUCAAUCGAUUCAAAUUCAUGCUUGCCUGCUUGCAAUGAAGACUUGCUUUCUGCUCAAAAUAUCCCACAGAGUGAUUCUGAAAAGAAUAACAAACAGCUAAAUGACAACUGCUGCAUGACUUUACAGUCAAAUGGUUUCAAACAAUUUCCUGAGUUUGCUCUGACGCUCUGACGAAGGUGAACGUAUGGUGUUUUUAGUAGACUCAGGAGCAACACAUUUGGUAAUAAAAUCUUCCAUGUUUUCCAAUCCACCUAAAAUGAGUGGACGAUUUGUGGACACUAUAGGUUCGUCUGGCCAGACAAUAAAAGAAAAACUUACUGUGCCUCUUUCUUGCACAACAUCAGACAGCAAGACACUCAAACAUUCAUUUUUGCUUUCAAACUUAUGCCCAGUUAAUCUAUUAGGAAGAGAUCUCAUGUGUAGUUUAGGUAUUUCACUGAUUUCAACAACCAGGUCACAACCACGGACAAUGUGAAUAAUUUUUCUUUUGUUUGUGUUAAUUUCAGCUCAGAGCCGCUGCUCUACUCUUAUCAGUGGCUGCUGAAGGGAGAGGCUGUAACUGAGGCCCUCAUACAGGCUGCUCGACAGCUUGUUUCCUCACAGAAUACGACCUUUAGAGACGCAUCUGACCUGUCUUGUACAGCACAUGUGUCCACUGGUCCUGAUGAGAAGUUUGAAAAAUCAUGGUUACGCACACAUGCGGACAAACUGACCUCAACCUCUCUAUUUUGGGAUGAACAUAGGUCUGCGCUUGCGAUUUCUCUCACUAACGAACAAGAGAGAUUUGUUGAUGCUUAUUCUACAGAUCCACAUGUCCUUCUGUCAAAACAUGACGGAGACAGAUGGCAGGACUUGGGUCCUUUCGUGGACAGAUGUCAACGGGAAGGAGACUGGCAAACGACUUCCGACCCAAAUGUGAUGUAUUCACCUACUUUGCAUGCUUACAAAAAACUUUUUCAGUCUAACUUUCAUGCGCAGCGUACAGUGCAGUUGGUACCUCAACAUUCCACGCACACUCGACACCACGUGUUUUUGUCGGAGGACGCUCUGACGCAGUAUCCAGCCUUACAGGAAGUUCCAGCUUCCCUGUGGGCGACACACAAAUAUGAUGUAGGUUUGAUCAAAGGGUGUGACCCAGUGGUCAUCACGCCAAAAUCUGACUACAGACCAUGCAAACGGCAAUACCCUUUAAAGAGAGAAGCAAUUGAAGGGAUAACACCGGUGUUUAACUCUCUUUUGAAAGCAGGAGUCAUCGUCCCGUGUGACAACUCUCCAGUGAGGACUCCACUCUUCCCAGUUAAGAAAAUCAGAGACAAAGGACAGCCAACAGAAUGGAGGUUUGUCCAGGAUCUGCAAGCAGUAAAUGCGGCGGUCUAACCACGCGCGCCUACGGUACCGAACUCCUACACCAUUCUUUCUUAGGUUCCGCCCAAGGCAAAAUUUUUUUCAGUAAUUGAUUUGGCCAAUGCUUUUUUCAGCGUGCCCAUUCACAAAGACAGUCAAUUCUGGUUCGCUUUUGAAUUUAAUGGAAAGUCAUACACCUUUACCAGACUGUGUCAGGGGUAUUCAGAAAGCCCUACAAUCUACAAUAUGGCACUGAAAGACAGCCUGAAUGAUCUUGUCUUGUCCCCAGGCACCGCCCUGCUGAGUGAGGAUCAGGAAACUUGCACAGCAGACACGAUCAAGCUGCUGAAACACCUGCAUGCUGCUGGACACAGAGCAAGUCUGUCUAAAUUACAGUUCGUUCAGACUGAAGUUACCUUCCUAGGUCACAUCAUCACCGCUGAAGGAAAAUCCAUUUCACCUAAAAGAGCUGAAGCUAUUCAGAACCUGCCUAAACCGUGCACAUACAAACAGCUUAUGUCCUUUUUAGGCAUGUGCUCUUAUUGCAGGAAUUUCAUUCCUAACUGCGCCGUCUUGGAGGCUCCGCUUAGAGCUCUGAUGCAGACAUCUUCUGCAUCCACCACCCGCCUCAUGUGGACGUCUGAGGCUGAACAGGCGUUCACCGACCUCAAACUUGCUCUUCAGUCGGCUCCUACUUUGGGUCUGCCUGACCCUACGCGACCUUUCACCCAAACAGUGGAUGAGAAAUCAGGUUGUAUGACCUCGGAGGGCGUCCACGCCCUGUAGCCUAUUUCUCUGCGGGGCUCCCACGAUGCCUCCGAGCAGUGGCUGCGGCAGAGAAAGCCGUGCUGGCAUCACGUGACAUUGUUGGCUAUUCUGAUGUCACCCUGCUGGUUCCUCAUGCCGUGUCUUUGAUCCUUUUGGAACAAAAAAAUCACAUCUUUCUACAGCCCGAUGGCUUAGAUACAACACCAUCUUACUGGAAAUGCCAAACAUUACUGUCAAAAGGUGCAAUGUGCUUAACCCAGCCACUUUGUUUCCAGGCCCUGACAAUGGCGAGCCUCACAACUGUGUUUCGGUCUUGAACCAGGUCUGCACUCCGCGCCCAGAUCUAUCGGAGGUGCCAAUUCCUAACUGUGACCUCGUUCUCUUUGUUGAUGGCUCCGCCUCUAGAGACCCUGCUUCGGGCCACUGUCAGGUUGGAUAUGCAGUCUGCACCUCUCAUACUGUUUUACAGUCUGGCGCUUUGCCAGGACAUUACUCUGCUCAGGCUGCGGAGUUGAUCGCACUGACCGAAGCCUGUAAAUUGGCUGAAGGGAAGUCUGUUACUAUCUACACAGACUCCAGAUACGCUUUUGGCGUCACACAUGACUUUGGUGCUCUGUGGAAACACAGAAAGUUUUUGAAAUCUGAUGGCAAACCUAUCUUGCAUCAUGAUAAGGUUGCUGAUCUGCUCGAUGCAAUUCUGUUACCAGCUGCAAUUGCUGUAUGUAAGUGCCCUGCACACACUGGGGGCACUGAUCCCAUCUCUGCUGGAAACGCACGCGCUGAUGCUGCUGCAAAGGCAGCUGCCCGACUUCCCCUUCCCUUUGUUCCCUGCCUCUUAUCCUCCACCUCUACCCAACCUCCCUCUCCUCCCUCUGCUCUCCCUGAUCUUCAGACAUUCUCUACCCCACAGGAACGCAAGCUCUGGCUGACGAAUGGCGCCACCAGUAGCCAUGGCGUUUGGUAUGGGCCCGACGGCAAACCUUGCCUACCUAAACACUUUUUCCCUCAUUUCGCGAAGUUGACACAUGGAUUAGACCAUGUAUCAAAGGGGGGAAUGUUAGAUGCUCUUACAAAACAUUGGUACACUAAGGGAUUUUCAAUCUAUGUGCAAAAAUACUGCGAAGCAUGUAUGACAUGCGCCCAACACAACCCAGGUAAGACGACUGCCAAACCACUGGCAGCUCACCCACCACCGGAACAGGCGUUUGACCAUUUAAUGCUGGACUUCAUCGAACUAACGCCAGCAGAAGGUAAAAAGUAUUGUUUAGUGAUUGUUGAUAUGUGGUCAAAAUGGGUGGAGGCCUUCCCAGCUAAACAUGCUAACAGCCAUGCAGUUACCAAAGCCUUGCUGACAGAAAUAAUUCCCAGAUGGGGGAUUCCAUCUAAAAUCAGCAGUGACAACGGCUCACACUUUGCAAAUCAAGCCCUUGAGGAAGUGGGAAAGUUUCUGAACAUCAACAUCAGAAAGCACUGCUCUUACCACCCUCAAAGCGGAGGGGCGGUAGAGAGAGAGAAUGGCACUUUGAAAAACAAACUGGCUAAAUGCUGCUCAGAGACUGGUCUCAAGUGGACUCAGGCUCUUCCCAUUGUGCUCUCAUACAUGAGAAUGAGGAGAAGGAUGAGAACAAACCUCAGCCCGUAUGAGAUUCUAUUUGGUAGACCUCCUAUGAUGGGACUCCACCCUGAGACUGAGACUAGGAUUUUACCACCUACUGAAAUGUGCGAAGACGCAAUGCUACAGUACUGUAAGAACUUAUCCUCUGUUCUUUCCCAAAUCUCCAAACAGGUGAAAGCGUCUCUGCCCAAACAGGCGACAGAACCACUGCACAUCAUUCAACCAGGAGACUGGGUGAUCAUUAAGGAGCUUCGCAGGAAGCACUGGAACCCAAAGCGGUGGCAAGGUCCCUUCCAAGUCCUUCUGACGACCAACACGGCUGUGAAGAUCGCAGAAAGAGCGACUUGAUCCACUCCAGCCACUGCAGGAAGGUCCCGGAUCCGACAGACGACCCUCCAUCUACAUCUACACCACACGAGAAAACUACCACUGACGAAAAGAACUGAGAAGGACGACCCUCGCUGUGCUCACACACGCACUGAGGCGAGGCUGCGUUGACCGUUCAGCUAAAGGUGUGAGCCAAGCGCCGCCUGAAGCUGCGCCGGUGAAUCACACUAUCAGACCAUACAUCUACACACACGCUCCUGAGAAAACACACACACGAGCAGCCUUGAGUUGCCGACGCUGGACGACGUGUAGACUCUUCACAUCACGGGGAGUGACAGUGACUCAGACGACAUUGGGAGGAAACCUGGCGGUGAUAACGAACCCCAAGUGUCUCUGUGAUCAGCUGAUCACAACCUGAAGAACCCCAACGAACUGUCAAGGUGUCAACACACAGGUUGGAAACAAUCUAACACCACUGUUCAACAGGAAGAAGAAGACAUUGAUUGUGAUCCUGUUGUUUUAAUCUUCACUGUAUAUUACUUUAAUAUUUGCUCUAAAUUGUGUGGUUGAUUUACAUGUAUGCCUCUCUGUGAUUUUAUCCACUAUUUUUGAACAAAACAUUUUACGUUUUCACUUGAUUCACACUUUCACACAAAUUUUUAUCUUCCACUGACGCAAAAUGACAUCCACCAGACGAAACAAGAUAAAAAUGAUUGUCAUAUCGACGAUGACAGCAAUAUGCGUGGUCACUCUGACAUUAGCAUCAACCGAAGACACUCUUAUCCACUGCACACCAGAGUCACCCACAAAUCGAUCAUGCUUAGUUUGUGCCAUUAGAGACCUGAUGACCAUGACGGAACAAUUGCCCUACAUAGCGAAGACAACAUGGCAGAAUAGAAUGGCCUUAGAGAUGUUAUUAACAAAGAUGGGAAGUGUUUGUGUCAGGUUUGGUAAAACAUGCUGUACCUUUAUUCAGGAUGAUUGAACAUGAACUGAUUGGAAUCAAUUAUAGGCUUAUGUCCCUGUCUUUCCCAUACACAAGGGUUAUUCUAGUAUAACUACCCACAAAAAACAGCUCACAAUCUUUUAUCCCUACGCCAUUUACAUCUUUAUAAGCAAUACAUUUAACAAAUCAUUUUUAAAGAAUGCUUUAUUACUACAGAAUGAAUACCACGAUUGACAAUUUUUAUUCUUUCAAUGUUUGAUUAAUGUGUAAUCAAAAGGGGGGAAAUGUAAUGGAAAAAUUGUACUUUAAUGCUCUUGUGUUCAUUUCUGACUCUGUAUAAUAACCAUGCAUUCUGUACUUGUUGAUUAGACCCAGAACUGAACAUUAUUAGACAAACAAUCUAUCUUCCUCUCAAGGUUCUGUCGCACAUUAAGUGCUGACAUCUAAUGUUGUGUUUGACUGACCGAUUGUUUAUGGCUUGUGUCUGCCUUUUACCCCUGGUCUCUGGCUCCUUUCUAUCUGAUGCCCGACCAGACCCAAGGCUGUAGACCUUGUGUAUUCCCUGUGUAAUGUAAACAUCUUCACCCACAGUGUGAUAGGAAGAUUCCACCAGGUCCCGGGAGAGAGGUUAAAAAGGCAGAGACAACCUCAGAACGGGGUGAUCUUUGUAAUAUACCUCUGUGGUGUAUGUUCUGAUCUCCCCAGCUGGCUUUUUAUUUGCUUUCCUCAUUACUUGUUAUUUUCUUUAUUAUUUCAAUAAAUCGCACAAAAGGACAA